GUAUAGAUAGAUAUCCUUGGCGCGUGGCGCCUUGGCGGCCGAGUUUGUUCGUUCAUGUUUCGACGCAUUUUUUCCAUUUUGAAUUGUUGAUUUACUUGCGUUUGAUAACUUUGAUUGCUUUACACUUUACAGCCAUUGCUGACCUCAUCCGACGAUAAGCUGAACUGCUAGGCCUUGGGUUUUUAGUUUUGCCAUAUAGAUUUUACUGAUUUUCAGUCGAGCCGUUCCAAAAAAUCAAAGAACUUAAAGUGCUGUCAUUGCAGAACAAAGUCAGUAUACAUAAUGGCUACGAGUGCAGCUUUCAAGCACCAGAGGAACUUCAUUAAACUCGCACCUGUGGAUCCGCGACCAAAGCGCGCUGCUUCCAUCGAUGAAGACCCAACAACUUCAAAGCGCCUUUGUUUCGAGGAAAGUGACACUGCAGUGUUGCAGGUAUCCCCGGAAAAGUGCGCCUCCUUGGACUUGAGUGGUUUGCGCGAAGAUUUUGGCAAAAUGGAUUGUGUGGAUAAGGAGGAGAGCAGUCAGGGCCAGGACGACAGCAUCAUCUCUUCAGAUGCAUCGCGUCAAGAAAGUCCGCAACCGGAGAACAUCAAGAGCAGUUCAGAUGAAUCCGGACUGCAUGAUAUGGAGGAUGACACCUUUUCGCCUAUUAAGCGCGCGGAUUCGCUUGUGACGCCGUUGACAUUACACAGUCCCAUCCGGGCCGUUGUGGCGGCUCGUCCUCGACGGCGCUAUACUAUGGGUAAUGUGCCACAAACUCCGAUGAAAGUCAAGAGCUUUAUAAUCCAUCGCACUGCUCUGUCUUGAACGGAAAAUGUGUGGUCCAGGUGAUUUCAGUGAUUUUGGCUUCCAUGGUGUUCCCGUGUUCCGAUUUUAAAAAAGCCUUGAGUCGAUUUAUGGACAACGUGAUGGAGUAUUUAUGUUCUGUUAGCAGUACCGUCCGUACGUGUUCGUUAUAUGUUAAGGUAAAUAUUGAGCCAGAUUUUGUAAUUUUCUCGUUAAAGUGCCUCUGUCAUCGUCUUUCAUUUGUUCUUUUUUGUAGUAACGACGCUUUUCUUGUUUUAUACGAAAUAUGUUUAGGAUGGCUUUUUCGAUUUCCAGUUAUCGGAAAAGAGUGAUCUUCUAGUUUACAAUCAGCAAUUCGGAAAUCGGAAUAAAGGUUU